AUGGCAGACCAAUCCAAGGUGCUGGAAACAACGGCCUCGCAGCCCUCCGCGGAGGUGGCCCUUCAGUGCUGUCCACGGCAGCUCCUCGUCCAACUGCCACAAGGGUCGGCAUCCUCACAGCCGGUGUCCCGUGAAGAGUGCCCGGCUAUGAUUAGGGAGGUUCUGCAGACAAAGGUCGGCCCAGCCCUGCAGGCAGCGUUCUCACAGGUCGGUGCCGAGCUCGUCAGCCACGCGGUGAAGAUCAUUACCCACGAGCACGACGUCCGGAUGCUGAAGAUCCGCGCGGCAUGGACGGAGAAAGACCUCAUGUACUCACAGAUUGAGGCAGCCAAGAAAACCCUGGUGGUACGGAACUUCCCUGAAUGGGCUACAGCUGCCGACCGCGAGCUCACACUGGCCGAGGCGGUGAAGGAGCACAACUUGGGCUACUUGGAGUGGGACCUGACCACCACGACCAUGGAGGGCACCGGCGGCAAGAAUAAGAAGUUCCUGGCCCCGAUCUCCAUCCUUACAGUCCAGACCUAUGACGAGGAGAAGCCGGCCGAGACCGACGAGACCAAGGAGACACAGCAGAAGGCCGAGACCACGCAGCAGGAGACCGCCACGCCGGGGGUGGGAGAUGCGAACCUGGAGCUGGAACCUCCCGAUCAAGAUGACCCCAUGGCAUCACCCAAUUCGAGCGUCGUCUUGGUGCACCCAUGCAUGCCUUGUUUCAAGAAGGAGACCCUCACACCGAGAUGGAAGACCCUCAUCUUGGAGGAUAAAGAAGGCGCUUGGUUGGGUCGCAUCCUCUACAGCCGCAAAGCUCACAGUCUCACAGGCACUGCGGGCACAGUCGCCGAUUGGGCUUGCGAAGUCCAGCUCCCCGCGGAGCACAACGACCGCAUCCUCACAGCCUGGAGAGAUGUGUGGUAUGAUCAGCUCAAGCAGCAGAUCUCACAGACGGAAGUGGAGAAAGAGGCAUACUCCACGGCGGCCCAAAAAACAUCACAGGAGUAUGCUGCGGCAUCCCGUCUCAACAGGUUAAAGACGAACGCGGUCCCCAGCGACAACGAGGGCGAAGAGUGGGGAUCGAAAACUGGGACCACCCGGACCGCCAGUACUUUCAGGGACCUUCGGCAGGUAAAGGAGCCUCAUGGCGGAGAUGGCGGCAGACCAGGCCAUGGAGACCGAGGUGGAGAACGAGACCAGAUCAGCUUGGGCUACGACAUCUCCAAGUACUCCACAGAGCAGACGGAUUGGGUCAAGGGCAAGAAGUUGCGGCACAUCGGCGCGGCAGCGGCAUCGGCAGUCCUCACAGGUCGUCCUCGGCCCAGGCUUUCGGCUUGA